AUGUUAGAGAAAGCCACAGAAAGAGUCAAAAGAGACUCCACGAAAGCUCCGCUUUACCUGCCAGCAUGGAUGCACCACCCCGUCGGCUAUCCUCGAUUAUCUGAACGCAUCUCAUUCAAGCCUGAAACCGGCAUUUAUCGUCGAUUUGACGGACUCAAUGCAAGACAUUUGUUGUAUCUCCAGGCCGAGCUGUGUGCAAUGGAAAAGAAUUUGUUUUGGCUUGAGCAGCAAGACAACAAAAGCACUAGCGGCAAAAGAUCUGAGUACGCGACUGAUUACCAGUGCAUGUUGAAGGAACCGCAUGGAGAGCAGUCAGAGCAGUUCAAACUGAUUAUAAAGAUGCACGAGAAGCUGAACCAAUACAACAAAGCGCUUAUUCAGAUCUCGAUUCUUCACCAGCUCAAAGCGCCUGAUCGUUUUGAUCUUCACGAUCUCCAAAGCUUUUUGGAAGGCGAAAAUAUGGCUCCUGAACAUAUGACCGGCAUAGAUGUAGAUAUUUGGGGUAAAACAGGCGAUGCUGACAACCAUCCUCCUGAUAUUGUCUGCGUCCAUCCGCGUGAUAUUCCUGACAAGUUUUCUCGUGUGGUUUCCGAGCGCGCAAUAUAUCUCUUCAAGUACGGCAUGGGUGUCUUCACCAAGGGAGAUCACCAUCUUGGUCGAAAAGUGUACUACGAUACUACCGUGGUAAAGAUCACACUUUGGGUCACUUCCAUGAUCGCAGCCAUGCUACCUAUUGCAUCUAUUCUUGUGUUGAUCCAGCUUGAGUCACUCAAAGCGAAGCUGUGGACGAUCGCAGCCUUCAAUGUGGGAAUGAGCUUCUGUUUGACGUUCUUUGCCAAUGCCAAGCGAGCUGAGGUAUUUGCCGUGACAUCCGCGUACGUAUCAUGA